AUGAAACGCACAAUAAGGAGCUUCACUUUGACAACAGCUUUACUUCUCUGCAGCCUCAGCUGGAUCUCUGUCUCAGGUUCUGAGUCUCACACUGUGGAGGUCCAACUUGGUGAAGAAGUCACACUGACGUGCAUCAACAUUUCCAGCACUUCGACUCAGACUGACUGGUUCAGACUGAUCAACAGAACCAAGCCCAGCUGCAUCUCCUCCAUGUUUGAGGCUGAUGGUGAAGCUUCGUUCUGUGACGGAUUUCAAAGUGGAUUUGAAAUGAGCUCCAACAUCUCCACUGUCUUUCUGAAAAUCAAGCGGGUGGAUUUAUCUGACUCUGGACUGUAUUUCUGUGGAUUCUACAAAGACACACAUACAGUCAUUGGCGAUGCAACACAUUUAAAAGUUCAAGGUAAUGGUGAAUCAGACGGUGACAAGGAUUUUGAGACUGAAAGUAUUUGUGAUGUAGAGGAGCAUAAUGGAAUGAUAAACCUAAUGAGUGUGAUCCUGGGUGGUGUGACUGUUCUCCUCACUGUAGUCGUCAUUGCUCUGGCUGUUAAAAACAGAAAACUUCAGACAGCUGAAAAUGAAGAACUGCAUCCGGAAAGAAACAAGAAUCCAUGCACUGAUGACCUGAACUCUGCAGCGCUGAGGUUCCUUCCAGAGACAAUAAGGAACAGGAGGCCUGAAUCAGAGAGAGAAGUGGAGACUCGUGUCAUUUACACCGCCAGCAGAUAGACUCAGGAAGCAACUGUAACUGCAACUCUCACUGUAACAUUGCAACA